AUGCUAAUUCCUGUCGGAAAGGAACACGGCAAUCAAGUAUUUCUACAAGUCGACAAAGAUGAUGAAGGUGAAGUCACACAGAAGGUAAUCGAGCACGUUAUCUACGUGCCCCUCACCAGUAAAAAUCAUCAAUUGGGUCGCGAUUGA